AUGCAAGCGCCUCUUGUGCGGAGUGGCGCGGCGGCGCUGCGCACCGCGCGGCCGCGCUACUAUGCGCUGCGUUCGCUGCAUGCCUCCCGUAUGGCCGCGGAUAUGCCGCGGUCGCCGUUCCAGGUGUUUGUGCAGACACUCCGCGAGGAGCUGUCCAAGUCGCAGGAGAUGCAGGACAACAUGAAGCAGCUCCAGGGUCAGUCGGGCAAGAUCCAGGACUCGGAGACGAUGCGCAAGGCGCGUGAGGCGUACGAGCGUGCGCGCAUCAUCUCGUCGAUCAAACACAACCCCCGCCUGCAGGCUGCUGCCGAGCAGCUCCGCAAGAGCGGCGGCCAGGUCGGUGGUGCGAUCGCCGCGACGCUCAAGCAGAUGGAGGAGAGCGAGCUGAUGCGCUCGCUGUCUGCCAUGUCGGACCGCCUGCGCCGCCAGGUCGAGGAGUCGACCGCGCCGGUGCGCAACACGGAGGUGUACAGGGCGUUUGCCGACACGCUCUCCGAGGCCUUUGACGAUGGCUCGAGCGCCAUCGACAUCCGCCUUGCGCACGGCACGAGCGAGAAGGAGGCGCGCCGCAUCAAGCGCGAGGCACGCCUGCGCAAGAUUGGGCGCGCGCCGCCGGUGAACGACGUCGACGUCGCGCCGGAGCCGGUCGACCCGAUCGUCGCCGCGGCCGCUGCGGCCGGCGAAGCGGCUGGGCGCGAAGGCGCCGAGGUGCCCGAGGAGGAGGCACCCAAGCCCCAGUCUCCCAGGCGCCUCGGUGGCUACGCUGCGCGCACGCAGCGCACCGCCGCGAACGAAGACGCGGGUGAGGCGCUGGUCCUGGUCGACGACAAGUCGCAGAAAAAGUGGCGCCUCCUUCCCGAAGACAGUCCUUUGCGCCGCAAGAUGAGCGAGUGGCACGAAGAGUACCAAGAGUCGGAGAACCCGUUCAUCGAGCGUGUGCGUGGCGUGACCAACACGGUCGCGUCGUGGUUCGAGGAGAACGAGACGGCGCAGGUCGUGCGGGCCUUUAAGCAGAUGGACCCCGACUUUACGCUCGCCAACUUUGGCCUGGAGCUGCGCGAGUACGUCAUUCCCGAGGUGCUGGAUGCGUACCACACCGGCCAGCGCCACCUGCUGCGCCAAUGGUGCGGUGAGGCGACGUACAAUGUGCUCAUGGCGACGAUCGACCCCUACCUGCAGCGCGGCUACCUCGCGCAGGGCCGCAUCCUCGACCUGUCCAGCAUCGAGAUCCUGCAAGGCAAGAUGCUCGAGACGGGCCCGAUGCCCGUGCUCGUCAUCAGCUUCCAGACGCAGGAGUUGAUGUACUUUACCGACGCGCGCUCCGGCGAGGUGAAGGAGGGCAGCGUCGAGCAGGCGAACCUCUGCCGCUACGCCAUGGUCCUCACGCGCGACGAGAACGGGCUGGACAAUGAGAUUACCGGCGGCUGGAAGAUUGUCGAGCUGGCGCGCCGUGGCCAGGCCGCGUUUAUGUAG